AUGGGCACGUUGUGGAGCUGGCCGACGCCGCCUGGCCACGCGCCGCCUGUCGAAGCCGCCACGGCGCCAUGCACCACCGGCGAUCUUCUGUUGUGCCGAGCGCUCGUGCACAAUGCGCGCAUGAUGCUGGACCUCAACCCGGUGCUCGCAACCGGUAUUGCGACGACGACUGUCUCGGGGAUCUUUGCCACAAAGAAGCGGACGCUGCCAGCGUGGACUAGCGUCCACGUGCUCGUGCGCCGCGACGACAGUGUCCACGUCCUCGUCUGCAGCCACGAGAGCAUCCGCCUCGAGCCGCUCGCCGACUUUAUCGCUGCGCAUUCGCAUAGCCCACUCAAUCGUUUUGCGUGGCGACACCUCACCGGAGCAGUGCCACCGACAGACCUCGAGACGCUGCAUAACCUCAUCGACGACCUAUUGCCGCUUCUGCCCCUCGCGUGGCACGACGCCAGCGCCCCGUCGCUUCCAUCGAGCAUCCGCACGGUCGUCCAGCGCAUGUGGAGUCUUCUCCGGCAGAGCGUGCUCGCGAUCGCACCGGCCGAAGAAGACAUGCUCCGAUAUGCAUUUCGCAACCACGACGGCGACUGCUUGGGCUGGCUGUUUGUCGAGGACGUGGCCAAGCUCGCGCCCGAGAUUGAGGCCAUGGGCAUCUUCAAGGCCGGCACGCCGUGGGUCGACGACCUCCGCGCGGUCCUCUCGCACCUGCCGCCCGAAGGCUCGUUUGUCGAUGGCGAGAGUCUCCGCUUCACCGCGUCCGACCUCGUCGUCGCAGCCAAAAGGGUGCCGCGGCAGCACAUUUCCGCCGAGUACGACGUCACGCUCUACGGUAGCGCGGCGUUCGCCGCCGCCUUCUACGAACGCGGUCGACUCCUCUUUCCCGAGCAGCUGCUGCCGUCCGGUGCGCCCAAGCCGAUUGUCCCUUCUGCCUUUUCCCAGGCGUGGCUUGCAUCAGUCGCGCCGCGCCGGCUGUGCCAAGGCGAAGCGCCGGUCCGCGAGCUGUCCAAGGACGUCUUUACCUGGCUCGUCCCCAACCUCUGGAGCGACCAAGUUGUGCUCCAGCCCUCAUAG